UGAUCGCAUUACGUGUAAGGAAUGUAGAGACGCCAUAUCUAUGCUACUUUUAUAAGAUGUUUGAAACAACGACUUUUUGAUCUUUAGUCGAAUAUUAACUGCCAAGAAGAGAUACAACUAGUUUACAACGAAGUUUUACAUCGACGACUAAACUGGGGAGCCAGUUAAGUGCCAGCUACAACAUGGUUAUCAGUGUUUUGCGUUCGUUUGUUUUGUACAUUUCAUUGGCUUCCCUGUCUCACACGGUUUAUCUCAACAACAUCGAUGGCUGUCCACCAAUUCAUGUCCAGAAAAACAGAAUUCUAAGAACUAAGGAAUCGCUCAACAAUGGAGCGAAGUUUAUUCAUCGUGAAUUCGUUCAAUCGGCGAAGGAAUGCUAUAAACUUUGCUGUGGAAGAGGAGGUUGUAAUUUGGGGAUGUUGUCGUACAAGAAUUCAUCGAGUGUUCAUGGAGAAAUAGUCAGAACAUGUUAUCUUUUCGAUUGUGGCUCUCCUAGUAAAUGUAUCUUUUCUUCUUAUGAUCAUUAUGCGACGAUUGAGUUUGAAGACGGCAGAAGCCAUGAUAAAUCAAGUAAAAUCGACCAAAAUCCGAAAAGUGGAUCAACGAAGGCACACGAAGAAAAUUGUCCACUUGGUGUUCCAGUGGCCAUGUGUAUGAAUGAUCCAUGUAUCAAUGCUGUUUGUCCUGGCAAUCCAUUGGCCUUGUGUAAGCCAAGCUUUUGUGGGUCUUGUCAUGCGAAGUUUUAUGAUGAUGAUGGCAAAAAUGUGAAUUGUUAUGCUCGCACAAAUGAACCAGACAAUACAAAAAAUUCAAAUGAACACAAAUGGCUUGAUAGUGGCAUUUUUGCAGAGAAUGACAAACCCCACUCCAACACUCACCAGAAACCAGUACACAACGUUCAGGACCUUGAAAGUCGUCUUCAUGAAAUGACCAGUGAUAACAAGCAAUCUCACCAAAGUACAAUAGCGUCUUCUUCUAGAAAGGACAAAGAUCAGCACAGAAACUCCUGGAAUAAUCAAGGCAGUAGCGACGGUUCAGAGCAUCAAGCACCAGUUCAUACAUCAAGAGGUUCUUCAUCUCACAGAAAUCAGAAACCAGAUCCCACAGAUCCACCAUUUCAUGAGUGGAGAAAAUUCAUUGACAACAAUCCAGAUUAUCCUAAAGUAAAAAUGGUCACAGAAAAACCUACACCAAAACGCACGCCUAAACCAACAGAUGAGAAAUCGACUGAACCCUUUCAUCAAUGGAGAGAGUUUAUUGAUAACAAUCCAAAAUAUGACAAGAAAAUCAAAACUUCUAAGACACAACAACCUACAAGACCACAUGUUACUACUCUCAAGACCAAGCCUGCAACUAAAGUUGGUACCAAGAUUCCUCCCAAAGUAGAUAACAAUAGCGCAAGCAGUAAUAGGAAUAUUACAGAUGUCAAGGUGGUCAUUGAAACUAAUCAUCUUCGCAUUGUGGAAAACAAGGCUGUUGUCCCACUUGCUAUAUUCCUAGUUAUAGCACUCCUCUUGCUCAUAGUGGUUGGUUUAAGACUCAGAAUGAUGAAAAACAGGCUCCGAAGGAAAGCAUUUGCCACAGACGACGCUGAUUAUCUCAUAAAUGGAAUGUACUUAUAAAUAUAUUGAGUCAUUCAUAUUAUUAAUACUAUUGUCUUAAAGAAUUUAAUGAUAACUUUACAAGUUAUUGACAGUCCCAUUGCUAUGCAUCCAUGCAUACACAUAAAAAGAAAAAUCCAWGCCACUUGCAUUGUAAUAAAACCAAAAACAUUGUUAAAGUGUAACGCUAACUCUUUCAAUCAUUAUUGUGAGUCAUGGUCCAAGAAAAUAUUUCUAUUCUUUACCCACAAUAUAAGCUCUGUAAUAUAAUUAUUAUAGUUGUGUGUGUGUGUUUCUUUGUUGUUGUUGUUAUGUAUGCCUCUGUAUGUUAUUUACUGGCUGGAAGGUCUGUUUAUUUUUUGCCAAAAGCCUUUUUACAGACUGUGGCUGUAGGCUUGUGCUCUGUUUUAAGGACUGAGGCCUACAAUUUUYUGAAUAUAGAUCAACUUCAAUAACUCAAUUUUCAAUUGAAAUUCUACUUGGUCUAAACCAUGGAAUUGUGGCAGUCUGAAUGCAAGGGCCAGUCCCUAUGAUGAGGCAACAAAUAAUGAUAUUGACAAACAUCAGUUUACAGGAUGUAGCUUAGAGGUCAUUUUGAAUUGGACUGUCAUUAUGGCACACAUCAAGAUCAUGUAAUAUGCAAUAAUCAUAUGGGCCAAGCCCUGUAUGUCAUUUCUAACAUUUCUAAGCUGUAUAAUUUAUAAAGUAUGAAGCAUUUUGGUGUUUAAUGUCCCAAUGUACCUACAGUAAUGGGAAAACCUGGUGACUGUUAAACUAAUAACAAAUGAAUAAUAUUGGGUAAUAAUAAAUAAUAACAUUAGAUUUAGUAUUUAAAAUGUGAGUCAUGAACUCUGGGCAGUGCCUUAAAAAAUAAUCCCUAACUUCCUCAUACUAUAGCUACAAGACAUUAACCAGGAUUAAUUCCAUUGUAUAAUAUGCAUAUUGCACAGGCCAGUGAGAUCAUAAUGACUUUAGUUAUAUUCUUGUAUUUGACAUUUUCACAUCACCUCUAACUGUGCAUCUGGGAAGGGGAGGGGGGAGGGAGGCACGGAUCAGCAUUGGCAUAACAGAUAUUUUACCUUUCUGAUUUUCAUGUUGGGAUUUUUUUAGACAUAGCAAUUUGCUUUAUUAGUUUAUUGAAAAUACACUUGCUCCUGAAGCACACUGCCUUAUAGGUGAUGUGAAAGUAAGAGAAUUGAUGGCAUAUAUCAUUUGUUAAUGGAUUCGUUAUAUAUUUAAGAAUAAUUAAUGUAAUUUGGUUAAAUAUUUAAACCAUUUCUGACUCAGCCUUUAAACUAAGAUAAAAGUUAGCAUGGUAUAAUUAAGGAUUUAGUUUGCAUCAAGAUGAACAAUAAAAAAGUAAAAAGCGAAUAUGCAA